ACCACCCUACUCCCCCACACUCCCCUCCUCUCUCUUAGCUUUCACAUUCACUUAUUUAGACAGAGUCAGCUCUCCGAUCAUGUUCUAUUGGGUUAUCCUGAUUUUGGGGACAGUUAUUUGUUCCACCACCAAUAAGCCCCUUUAUGGGAUUAUCACAUCCCCUAAUUACCCCCAUCCAUACCCCAAUAACAACCGCAGCAUCUGGGAUAUAUCAGUUCCUGAGGGUCAUCACAUCUCACUCACCUUCCUGCUGUUUGAUCUUGAGCCAUCACUGAACUGUGACUAUGACUUUGUUAAGGUCUUGGCUGAUCAGAGGGAGUUGGGACAAUUCUGUGGUAACUUCGGCUCGAGAUUCCAUCCAGGUCAGCAGCGCUUGGUGUCUCAGGGUACUCAGAUGAGAAUUGAGUUUUCCUCUGAUUUCUCCAAUGAAGUGAACGGAUCAACUAUCCUGUAUCAAGGCUUCCAGGCAUAUUACCGUGCAGAGGACACAGACGAGUGCUCACCACCUAAGGAUAAUGCCCCCUGGAACCCCCCAUGUGAGCAUGUCUGUCACAACUAUAUGGGGAGCUAUUACUGCUCCUGCUUCGUGGGGUACCAACUACAGGAUGAUCAGCGAUCCUGCAAAGUUGAGUGCAGCAGUCAGCAGUUCACAGAGGAAUAUGGCUUCAUCUCCAGCCCAGGGUACCCCAAGCCGUACCCCCCAAACCUAAAUUGCAACUACAGCAUUCGCCUGGAGAAAGGGUUAAUCAUCUCCCUCAGCUUCCAUGGGCUUUUUGAGAUUGAUAGCCACCCACGUGCACGGUGCCCAUAUGAUACUCUAAAGAUCUACUCAGGUGGUCAGCUACAGGACACUUUCUGUGGUAAUCAUUCCCCUAAGACCCUGAGAACUCAAAGCAACUCCGUGGACAUUGUGUUCCAAACCGAUGAGUCAGGAGACAGCCGGGGCUGGCGGCUGAAAUACAGAUCAGAGGCUAUUCAGUGCCCGAGGCUUGCACCCCUUGAUGACUUCAGCAUCAUUAGUCCUUGGCAAGAUGAGUACAGGAUGCAUGAAUAUGUUGCAGUGACUUGCAAGACUGGGUAUAAACUAAUGGAGGGCAAAAAGGAGCUGCACAGCUUCACCUCAUUAUGCCAGAAAGAUGGUACCUGGCACCGGGCACUACCACGCUGUGAAAUUGUGAGCUGUGAGGAGCCGCAGAGCCUACGGAAUGGAAAGUAUACGUUCCUGACUACGACUGGCACCUGGACGUAUCAGUCAGUGAUUGUAUACACCUGUAAUACCCCGUACUACAUCAUGGUGCAUUCUGCAUAUAGUG